AUAUAAUCAUUUCUGUAAUUCGUCGUCACGUAGAAAAUGAAGUUUGCUUCCGUAAAUUCAAAGUGUCCAUCAUACACAGAAAAACAUAUUAUAUAUGUUGGAACGCAUACAGGUUCAUUUAAAAGAAUCAACUUGUAUGAAGAUAAUCCGUAUCAGCAACAUAAUUUGCAAACUAUAGAAUCGCUGAGCAAAACAUCGAAGAUCACAUGCAUGGAAUUUAGUAAUAGUGAUCAAACAGAGAUUCUGAUUGGACGGGCAAAUCGCUGCGUGAAAGUUUUUAACUGUUACGAGGAAGAUAGUUUAUCAAACUUCGAAGCUGGGAAUGAUGAAGUUGUUGGUCUCGGACGUAGCAAUGAUUGUAUUGUAGUGGGAUGUGCCAAUGGAAAGGUGCGCAUCAUUAAGUAUCCCUCGCCAAUUGAAUUUAGUACCGGUGAAAACCUCUUUCGUUUAAGACUAUGUGCGGAAGAUGAAACGCGUAUGGUUACAGGUGGUAAACAAUUGAAACAAAUUAUAAAACUUUGGGAUCUUGAAACGCAAAAAGUGAUUUUCGAGGCAAAAAACGUAAGAAAAGUUCUCGAAUUAGAACAACAAGUCUGGGACAACGAUGUGGUAUUUGCUAAUCGAAAUCUUAUUGCGUCAUGUUCGCGUCAUGGUUACGUUCGUCUUUACGAUGCGAGAGGACCGCAGAGGCGACCGGUGCAAGAUUUCACUUCAUCAGAUCCUGAUGACCAACUUGCAUUCUCGUGCAUGACUGCUCAUGAUAACUACCUUUAUGUAGGAACGACAACAUUUGGAGCUAGAGCUUUUGACAUACGAAAAAUGAAAAAGCAUAUUCAUGUUUAUAAAGGAUUUACUGGGACUGUUACUUCAAUUCGAGUGGAUAAAACGGGUAACCAUUUGUUCACCGGUUGCCUUGACAGAUACGUGCGAGUACAUCAUGCUCAUCAAACAGCUUUGCAAUACCGAUGUUACGUAAAAUCCAAACCAACACAAGUAUUGGGAACACUUUGUAACGAGAAAAAUUCGAAGCCUUCAGAAAACACAAAUAUGAUGAACAUCGAUGAUGAAAUACAAAUAGUUGAAAACGAUGGUGAUUCUGAUGCAGAAUACGAUGCCAUAUUCUCCAAAAUGCAAACAGUCAAGGAGUCCGUUUCCAAAGCAAACAAACGAAAAUCAACGUUGGAGAGCCCUAUCAUCAGAUCGAGUAAACAAAAAAAAUGAUAGUUAUGAACCACAAAUAAAAUUAAGC